AUGGAGCGCCCUCAGUUUUGUCGACCUGAACUCCUAAAGCUUGCCUCUGGGAAGAUUGGCCAGUACCAAAGAAUCCAGCAAUCCAAAAGGAAAAAUGGCUCAUUCAAAGGGAAGGGGAUAGAGAGAUGGCAUAGAGCUGUGUCUACCAACUUAGUCAAGCAAAAUGUGUUGGUCCCCAAAGAGGAAUCAUUGAAUGGAAGCAACUUGGGGUUUCAUGAAAGCCGAAGCAACCCAAAGAGAAACCUGGUGAAGAAGAUGAAGAGCGCUGUUGGGAAAAUGCUGUCUUGCACGUGUGGAAGCCAGUCAGCCAGUGCUGGCAGGGAGGACUUUGUGAAGCAGAAGGAAGCUGCCCCCGCCAAUGCACAGGGCCUGCUGCCUAGACUUGUGAAGGAGCUUCCAUCUCCCAGGUUAUUUACCAAGCCAAGGAUGAGGAAGCUCUCACAGAAUGCAACUAUACAGCUUGAUGUUGUAGAAGCAGAGACUGAAGAGGUAACUGGAGGAAAUGGGCUUCUCCGAGCCAAGAGAACCACCAAGCGGUUAUCUGUGACAUCACUUCCUUCAGGGCUGCAGAAGGCACCAUAUUCAUCAAAAAAGAGACCACGCUUCCCAGCACUUAAAAAGAAGAAGCAGAGCAUGGAAGCCAUCCUCCGGAAAUCAGAGCUGACUGUAGGCAAGCUUCAAAUGCAGGUGGAUGACCUCAUAGAAACAGUGACUGACAAAUCCAUGAAGCUUUUGGAACAAAGACACGCUGAGCUUAAGCAGUGUGAGUUUCUAGGGGCUGAGAUUCUUCAGUCUUCGAAGCAGUUCCAAAGGCUUUCCAAGAGAACUACAAGGAAGUAUAAGCUACGGAGCACAUGCUUCCCAUGUUCCUGCUGCUGCUGCUGA